AUGCAUCCAUGCUUGGCUUAGAAACUACAACUCUCGGCAUCAACAGUAUUCAUCUCUCCUAUGGGUUAUCCUACCUCUUUCAUGGUCCAUGUCCUCUUCAUCCUUUUCUCUCUUCUUCCCCACCCAACAUUGCAUCUCCGCACUUCAAACAUCACUGAUGCAAUGGCUCUCUUGGCAUUCAGAGAAGGCAUACGAGACCCAGACAAUGUGCUGAGCAACUGGAAUGAAUCGACUGAUGUCUGUGAUUGGAUUGGCAUCACUUGCAACGACACAAGCGGAAGAGUAAAGCAACUGGUUCUACCUCAACGAUCUCUGCAUGGAACAAUCUCACCAUUUCUAUCCAACCUUUCUCAGCUUCAAGUCCUCGAUCUAUCAUAUAACUUCCUUCGAGGGUCCAUUCCUGGUGAGAUAGGAGCAUUAUCUGAUCUGGGUGUAAUUAGCCUCAGAAACAAUGAGUUACAGCAUACAUUACCUGAUAACCUCGGCAUGCUUGCAAAUCUUUGGUAUUUGGACCUUCCUUCCAAUAAACUCGAAGGGAAGCUUCCUCCCUCCAUCUUCCACAACUGCACCAAUUUGAAGUAUGUAGACCUCUCCAACAAUUCUUUCGAGGGUUCGAUUCCUCUGCAGAUAGGAACCUCUCUCAAUCACCUGAGAAGCCUAUUCCUUGCUCGGAAUAGCUUGAGAGGAAGCAUUCCAGCUUCUCUCUCCAAUGCCACAAAUCUUACCGGAAUUGCUUUGCAUAUGAACUCUCUAAGUGGUGGACUGCCAUCUGAGAUUGUAGUGCACAUGCCGGCCUUGAAGUCACUGUCUCUUUCUUACAACAAGCUUUCGAGUGAUGAGGAAGGUGAAGAACUCAACCACUUCUUUAGGGCCAUUUCGAACUUGACUCAACUGGAAGAGCUUGAGAUUGCGGGAAAUGAUCUGAGGGGCACACUUCCCUCCAUGGCUGGCCUUCUUCAUGUUAAUCUCUCGAUCAUCUUUCUGCAGGAUAACAGAAUCCGUGGAGCGAUACCUUCGGAUGUCUCCGACCUUCGGAACCUAACAUCACUGGACUUGUCCCGGAAUCUCCUGGAAGGAACCAUCCCAUUGCAGCUAUUUCUUCUUCCCAAGAUAGAGAGGAUAUGGAUCAGUGACAAUCUUCUACAUGGAGAACUUCCUUCUCUUCCUGAUAUCUCAACCAAACUUGGAAGUCUGGAUCUCUCACGGAAUAAGCUUUCGGGUAGAAUUCCAUCAUCUGUAUCGAAGCUGCGUAGCAUGAGGUAUUUGCUGCUGGGUGGAAACUUACUUGCGGGAUCAAUACCUUCAAGCCUUGGAAGCAUGAAGCUGGAGAAGUUGAACCUGUCACACAACCAGCUAACCGGAGCAAUACCAGCUGAAGUAGCAAGCUUGAGCACCAUGGCGUUCUUCUUCGACCUAUCACAUAAUUCACUGCAAGGAAUGCUUCCUAAGGAGUUGAGCAAAAUGGAAAUGGUUCAGGAGAUUGAUCUUUCCUCGAAUAAUCUCAGUGGUUCGAUUCCUCCUGAAGUAGGAGUGCUUUGUAGGAAUGUUCAUCUGUUGAAUCUGUCUCACAACUCUCUUCAAGGGCCAAUCCCUGAGACCUUCGGCAAUCUUCGCAACCUCGAGUCCCUCGAUCUUUCUUCCAAUUCCCUUUCUGGUGGAGUUCCUGAGUCACUUCGGAACUGCAUCAACCUCAAGCGGCUCAACCUGUCAUACAACCGGUUGAGUGGUGCUCUACCUUGUGGCGGUGUAUUCGAUAACUUAACUCAAGAAUCACUGGAAGGGAACGAACCUUGCGGGGUAGAACGACUCCGCAGCUCCCACUCAACACACACACUCAAGUUCCUAGUGUCGCUCGUAAGUAUCAUCUUCAUGGUGCUCUUCUUUCUUACGAUUACCUGCGUCGCAGCAGCCAAGGCACGCAGAGGCACAGCGUUUCUGAGAAAUGGAGUGGAUGGGAGUUGGCAUUCUGCAAACUUGUCGAGUCGUCAUCGAAGAGUAACCUACAGAGAGCUUUGGGAAGCCACAGGAGGAUUCGACCAAAGCAGGUUGAUAGGGUCAGGUGGCUUCGGGCAUGUUUACAAAGCAAUGCUGAGGGACGGCAGCUCCCUCGCCGUUAAGGUUCUGCAGCUGCAGGAUCACAACUCUGCAAGAACAUUCAACAGAGAAUGUGAGGUCCUCAAGACAAUUCGCCACAGGAACCUGAUGGGGAUCACAACAGCUUGCAGCCUUCCGGAAUUCAAAGCUCUGGUGUUCCCUUUCAUGAGCGAAGGCAGCCUAGAAGAUCAUCUACACCCCAAGGGAGAUCGAAUGAGCCCGCGGCUGAGCUUAACUGAAAGAGUGAGCAUCUGCAGCGACGUAGCCGAAGGGAUGGCGUACUUGCACCACCAUGCGCCGGUGCAGGUGAUCCAUUGUGACCUGAAGCCGAGCAACAUUCUCCUCGCCGACGACAUGACCGCCAUGGUUUCAGAUUUCGGUAUCGCGAUGCUGGUCAGCCCAGGUGGAGAAGGGAAUGCAUCAUCUGACCGCAUGACAAACUCCACAACGAAUCUGCUGCGUGGAUCAGUUGGAUAUGUUGCUCCAGAGUAUGGACAUGGUAGACCUGCAUCAACAAAAGGGGACGUCUACAGCUUUGGCAUCGUUGUGCUGGAGAUGGUUACCGGAAAGAGACCAACAGAGGACAUGUUCGAUGAGGAUCUGAGCUUGAUCAACUGGGUGAAAAGGCACUAUGCCAGUCGCUUGGUGAACAUUGUGGACUCCUCUUUGGUGAAGAAUAUAAGGGAACAAAGCCAUGAAGUCAAGAGAGUAUGGGAAGUUGCAAUCAUGGAAAUGAUCGAGUUGGGUCUUCUUUGCACACAGGAGGCUCCUGCAAGCAGACCAACCAUGAUCAGUGUUGCUGAUGACCUGAACAAGCUAAAAGAUUACCUUGGUGGUGAUACAACUGCAACUUUGGCAUCAUCACAAGGGAUGACAUCUUCGAUUGCUGAUAUCGGAGAUGAUUGGUAGCUUGUUCUUUUGGAUGUUUGAGUCAUCAAAUA